AUCAUCGCGAAAAAGCGGUUGCUACGCUGCUAUUUUUGCAGACUCAGCACGUCAUUAUUUGCUUCAGGCCCCAGUGGCCCCACGCGUCGCGCGCGCCAGCUUCUCGUUGCAGCUGCAGGGCGUGAGCUUGCUAUUUGCACAGCUGCAGGAGGUAGCACAGGGCAGCAGCGGCCGCAAGACGCCGUCGCGCCAAGAUGUUCUUAAUCACCUGGCUCCUCGGCGGCACCGUCCCGACCAAAAAGACGAUCAAGACCUACGAGUACAAGAGCCCGCCCUUGUCCCUCUUCGAGCGCCUCUUCCUCGACCGGUUCUGGGCCGCGCUGCCCGGUGCGGUUUAUCCGCCCUGGCUCGCACCCAACGUCAUCACGCUCGCCGGCCUGGUGUGCAUUAUUGUCGCGAUCGCGCUUGUGCUGCACCACAGCCCUGCUUUGGACGGCGCCGCGCCGACCUGGGUCUACGCCGCCGUCGGUGUGUUGAUCUUCUUGUAUCAAACGCUCGACGGGAGCGACGGCAAGCAGGCCCGAGCGACGGGCACCGGCUCUGCAUUGGGCGAGCUUUUUGAUCAUGGCGUCGACUCGAUCACCGUGGUCUUAAUAGCGGUGUGCGUGCAGGACGCGGCGCGCGUUAGUUAUACUGAUGAAACGCUCUGGCUGUGCGUGGCCGCCUCCACCUGUACCUUUUACUUAUCAAAUUGUUCCUUAGUGGCCUUCGGGCGGCAGCAGUUUUUUGAUGUCGACGUGCAAGAACUCAUAGUGUGCCUCACGGUACUAUGCCUGUACUGCGGGAUAGUCGGAGCGACGUCAGCGCCGCGCUGGAUGAUCACGGGGUCUCUCUGUUGCAUGGUCCUCAACUGCCUGCAACUCAUCUGGAAAUUGCGCGACACCGAGUAUUUAGGGCGGCGCUGCAAGGCCCUCGCGGCUAUAGCGGGAGGCGUGGCGAUCAACGCGGCGACCAUCAAACAAGUCUCGAAGGAGCCCUUCUUUGCGACAGUACCAUUAGUGUGUUGCAUCGCGGCGGCGGCCGGCGACCUGAGUAGGCGAUUGUUGCUGCAGCGCGUCGCGGACCUGCCGGAAAUUGUCGAUUUCGUCACGCCGACGGGCCUGCUCCUCUGGGCCCUCGCGCUCUGGCCGGGGCGCACGCGCGUCGUCGCGGCGGCGGCGUCGUUGGCGUUCUACGGCGUCGCCGCGUCUCGAACUGUCGUCGCCACCGCGGGCGCGCUGGGCGUGAGAGCGCUUACAGUGCCUACCGUGCGGCGGUCAGCGCGUGCCAGGACGCCGCGGAAGCUCGACUAGUAGAAGUUUUAUAUUUAACCUUAACACAACAUG